AUGGCACAAGACUCAACAAAUAUUAAAGAAACCAUUGGAGCUCUUGAUGAUUAUGUUCUUCUAGGACGUAGUGGUUUGAGGAUUUCUCCUUUAUGCCUUGGCGCAUUGACUUUUGGCGAAGCAUCUGGACCUUUUGCGAAAGUAGGUUCAAAUAAUGUGGAGUCUAAGAAGGUUUUCGACUAUUAUUAUGAAAGGGGUGGAAAUUUCUUCGAUACUGCUAAUGUAUACAAUUUUGGUGCGAGUGAACGCUUUCUUGGAGAAUAUGUCGCUGAUAAACGUUCUCACGUUGUAAUUGCUACAAAGUAUACUUUGAAUUCUACCAGUUACGUGCCAGAUGUCAGAUUUAACCCAAAUGCUG